AAAAUAAAGUCGUUGAAAUGUUGAGCAAGUUGUUUCCGAGCGCAAAGGAAAAGUCGCUGGAGGAGCCGGUGCAGUCGCGGGAUGCCUUCAUUUAUUUGAAUCGAGGAAUGUGGGUAGUUGGAUGGACAGAGCCCCACGAAAAAAGAUGGACGGUUUUGUAUCGAAUGUGGUUCAUGUUAACAACACUCAUGAUAAUUAUCCUGGUGCCUCUGUCAAUGGUGGCAGAGUACGUUCAAAGAUUCAGGAGCUUUUCAGCAGGCGAAUUCCUGAGUUCCCUAGAGAUUAGUGUGAAUAUUUAUGGAUGCUCCGUCAAAUGCGUUGCCACAAUCAUGGGCUACCGAAAAUUCCAGGAGGCCAGAAAAAUUCUUGACAAACUGGACGAAAGUUGCCAAGAAAAUGCGGAAAAAGUGAUAGUGCGUCGAUAUGUGGCUUGGGGUAACCUAGUUUUUAUGAUCUUUCAGGUCUUAUAUUCCUUUUUCGUGGUCACCAACUGCGGGGGCUACAUGCUAAUGGGUAGUCAUGCCUGGAGGAUGUACGUCCCGUUUAUUAAUCCCAAUAAUAACUUUUACAUGACCAAUCUCUUGGAGUUUAUCCUAAUGAAUUUCGUGGUUCUCAUGGAACAAUGCACGGAUGUCUGUGCCCUAACCUACAUUCUGUUGGGUCGCUGUCAUAUCAUAUUGCUCAAGGAUCGCCUCACCAGACUUCGAAUUGAUCCCGACAAGAGCGAGGAGGAGCAUUGCAUGGAGUUAAACAAAUGUAUUCAGGAUCAUCGCUUAAUUUUGGACUAUUUCAACGUUCUGCGACCCGUUUUCUCAAAGACCAUCUUCAUACAGUUCUUACUUAUUGGUAUCGUCCUUGGCCUGUCGAUGAUCUAUAUCCAGUUCUUCGCCACCUUUUGGAUGGGAAUUAUCAAUUUAGUGUUUAUGUUCGACGUAUGUUUGGAGACUUUUCCAUUUUGUUACGUGUGCAACCUAAUCAUAGAUGAUUGCCAAGAGCUGGCCGACAGUCUGUUUCAAUCCAAUUGGAUGUCGGCCGAUCGUCGCUACAAGUCCACUCUAAUAUAUUUUCUUCACAAUCUGCAGCAACCCAUUGCUCUCACAGCUGGGGGAGUUUUCCCUAUUUGCAUGCAGACUAAUUUAUCGAUGGUCAAGUUGGCUUUCUCUGUCGUCACGGUUAUUAAACAAUUUAAUCUGGCUGAGAAGUUCCAGUAGGACAGGAGUCAAUAAUAAUCAACCAUAAUAAUAAAUCAUCAAAAUCGAAGUUACUAAAAUACACAUACGUAUGUGACACAUGUAGGCACAUAAAUUAGAAAAUUGCAUGCAAAUAUCACUAUUCAAGUUCAGCUUUCAAUAAAGGAGCAAA